AGUAGUGCUGCUGUUGCGGCUCAGGUGCGAAGCUCCGGUACCCCCCCUCCCAUUGAACUGACAGCAUGGGGUUUCCAGAGUACGGUUCGAACGCGUACAACAAGAAGAUAAUCCGCAACCGAGGGUACAAGGAGAAAGCCAAGCAGGAGAAGUACAGCAAAAAGCCCGUUGUCAAGUUCUUGGUUGAUACUCACCUGAAGUUCACACAGACGAAGCUAGACGCCAAGACACGCAAGUGCAACAAGCUGAUGCGCGACCUGCAGACGGCGAAUUCCACAAUCAAGCAAAUGGAAGCAGCAGGGAAAAAGAAGGAUAAGCGCAUCACAGAAUUAGAAGAGAAGAACACGGAGUAUGAGGAGUGGGGUUAUUUGUUGAAGAACGAGUGCCAGGAGACCAAAAAGGAACGCAACAAGCUCGAACGGCAGAAGCAGAACAUUGAGAGCGAGCACAUCAACUUCGUCGACAAACACGGGCGGCUGAUGGCCACCUUCGCCGACCGCGUGUCUCCCAAAUUCUUGAAGACCAUUUGCAAAUGGGAGCAGAAGCCUCCCAAGCGCCUGCCGUGGUGCGCUGUCGGCAUGUGCUAGACCAUGUGCACACUAGGCGAACGAGAGCAAUUCAAUUUGAAUCCGGAGC